CAUGAUUUAAUAGCACAGCUACCUCAUAUCACAAUCUCACCAUGUCCAGCUCCUUACGCUCCUUCGUUGAAAUGAGAAAGAAUUUCUUCCAGGCACCAGGCGGAGGAAAUUAAAAGAUUUCCAUUGCGGAUGUCCAUCGUCUUGGCGUCAAUCACGCUGAGGCCCUCGUGGAGAAGGGGCUUGAUGUUGAUCUGCUUGAGCCAGCGGUUGAUCUCUGACCCGCCCCGUGGACGAGGAUUGGGCGAAGGCCGACGCAGGAGACGACGACAAGGUUGCCAACGACGGAGGCCUUCAACUUCAGGUCUACCAUGGCGGCGGCGGCGCACUUCACGAUGGUUGUUUUGCCCCUAAAUCACUAGAUGUAUGGGAGGGAUUCAGACGGGAUCUCGACCCUGAACUGCUCUGGGAACUUGGGAUGCGAUGCGUCGUCGGAGGGGGAGGGAACUGCAGCCGCGGAAGCUCUGAUGGCAAGAGAAGACAUGCACUUGGCCGAAGAAUGUGGUAUGCAGUGCAGAUUUGGGGAUCUAAAGGUUGAAGGAAUGAGGGAUUUGGAGCCGGAAGAAGGAAGAGGUUUGAAGAAGGUUUUGGUAGCCGCCGUCAUUGGGGGUUUAGUUGGAGAGUUGUUGCAAGGAGACGAAAGUAAGAGGGUUGCAAGUGAACUAAGAAAUUCUAAUGUUUACGGGGUUGGAUCUGAAUCGUCCGGUCGGAUCUGGUCACAGGUUUGGAUGGGUUGGUUUAUAAGUUGGGUUGGGAAAUUGAUGUGGCGGGUUGAGUGACGUGACGGGUCGGGUUUGAUGAUGUGGCAGGUUAAAAUUGGUUGAGUCUGCACUUUUGUUAGCCACGUCAGCAAUUGACUGACGGAGUUAACGGUGACUAAACAUAGAUCGUUUUACUAAUUCGAG